CGUCUGCGUUCCCACACCCACAGAUAUCAGACGAUAAGAAGCAGGCAUUCCCCUCUUGCGAGUAUCUUCAUACCCCACCGCAGACUACAAUGGCACCCGAGCCUUCUGAGCCGCGCACCGUCGUCCACGUCGACCCGUUCAAGUCCGAGGUCGGGCAAAAGGGCCUGCACAACCGCUGGCACCCCGACAUUCCGGCGUUUUGCUCUGUCAAGCAAGGCGAGGUGUUCAAGGUCGAGUGUCACGACUGGACCGGCGGACAGAUCAGCAACAACGACAACUCGGACGACAUCCAGAAUGUGGACCUGACGCGCAUCCACAAUCUCUCAGGCCCGAUCGCGGUCGAGGGCGCCAAGCCCGGCGACGUGCUCGUCGUCGACAUCCUGGAUGUGACGCCCUUCCCCAACAUGCAGUGGGGUUACACGGGCGUGUUUGAGAAGACGAAUGGUGGCGGCCUCUUCUCUUGCGACUUCGACAGCAAGGCCGCUAAAGCCAUCUGGGACUUUGAGGGCGUGUACGCCGUGUCGCGACACAUCCCCGGUGUGCGCUUCGCCGGCAUCCCGCACCCAGGCCUAAUCGGCACAGCGCCUUCGCAGGAGCUGCUCGACAAGUGGAACAAGCGCGAGCGUGGGCUCGUCGCCGAGCACGGCGACCCCGUGCCCGAAGUCGCGCUCGUGCCUAACCCCAAGGGCGCGUACGUUGGGCAGGACAUCCCCGACGAUGUGCGCAAGCGCGUCUACGACGAGGGCGCGCGUACCAUUCCCGGCCGCGAGCAUGGUGGCAACGUCGACAUCAAGAACCUGUCGCGUGGCUCGCGCUGCUACUUCCCCGUGUACAUUGACGGGGCCAACCUGUCGCUCGGCGACCUGCACUUCAGCCAGGGCGACGGCGAGCUGAGCUUCUGCGGUGCCAUCGAGAUGGCUGGCAUUGCGACGCUCAAAUGCAGCGUGAUCAAGGACGGCGUCAAGAAGCUCGGUGACAUCAAGCAGCCCAUCUUCCUGCCCUCUCCCAUCGACCCGAUGUACUCGCAGCAGAUCAUCUUCGAGGGUAUCAGUGUUGACGUGCACGGCGACGGCAAGCAGUACUCCAUGGACGCGACCGUCGCGUACAAGCAGGCCGCGCGCAACUGCAUGGCAUACCUCCGCAAGCUAGGGUACAGCAAGGAGCAGGCGCAUCUGCUGCUCUCUGCCGCGCCCGUCGAGUCGCAUGUCGCCGCCAUCGUCGACGUGCCAAACGCUUGCGUCACCAUGGGCUUGCCGACAGCCAUCUUUGACCGUGACAUUCUCCCGACGGACGAAGGCAUCGAGACGCGCAAGUACAGCAACGCCGCACUCCGCUCCGACGGCGUGCGCUGCAACCAGGACUAGGUUGUAGGAGUAGUCAGAAGUGUAUGCAACGUGCGGCUGAAAAUGGAGGUCGCGGCAAGAAGACCUCCCAGGC